GGCGGGAGGAGCUGCGCCUGCGUGUGUGGGCUUUAGAACCUGUGCCUGUUCCCCCUUGCCGCUCGGGCAUUAACGCUCGCUUUCCCUCCCGGUUUGCGUGUCCCAGAGCACUAGUUCCCCCGGUCCCUGUUUUGGAUUUCCUGCCCUGCACCGCAGCCCAGUCAUGUCUUCCAACAAAGUGGCCGUGGUGACCGGGAGUAACAAGGGGAUCGGCUUCGCCAUCGUGCGGGAUCUGUGCAAGAAAUUCUCCGGGGACGUGAUUCUCACCUCCAGGGAUGUGACCCGGGGCCAGGAGGCUGUGAAGAAGCUGAAGGAGGAGGGGCUGAACCCUCUUUUCCACCAGUUGGACAUCGAUGACCUGCAGAGCAUCCAGACCCUGGGCAAAUUUCUUAAGGAGCGUUACGGGGGUGUGGAUUUGCUUGUUAACAAUGCUGGAAUGGCCUUCAAAGUUGCUGAUACCACACCUUUUCCUGUUCAAGCUGAGGUGACCAUGAAAACCAACUUUUUUGGUACCCGAGCUGUAUCUGCAGAAUUACUGCCUCUGAUAAAACCCCAAGGUAGAGUGGUUAAUGUCUCCAGCAUGGUGAGCUUACGUUCUCUUAAAAACUGCAGCCCAGAACUGCAGCAGAAGUUUCGGAGCAGCACGAUCACAGAGGACGAGCUGGUGGGGCUCAUGAACAAGUUUGUAGAAGAUACAAAGAAGGGAGUGCAUGAGAAGGAAGGAUGGCCUAACUCUGCUUAUGGAGUGUCCAAGAUUGGAGUCACUGUCUUGUCUAGAAUCCAUGCCAGGCAACUGAAUGAGCAGAGAAAGGGGGAUAAUAUUCUUCUAAAUGCCUGCUGUCCAGGAUGGGUGAGAACCGACAUGGCAGGGCCCAAGGCUACCAAAAGUCCAGAAGAAGGAGCUGAAACCCCAGUUUAUUUAGCUCUGUUACCCCCAAAUGUUACAGAACCUCAUGGCCAAUUUGUAAUGGAGAAAAAGGUUGAAAAAUGGUAAUUUUAAUUUGUGAAUCCAUUUUAGUAAUACUUGAAUGUUAUACAUCUAGAGUUUGAUUUAAAAAUACAUUUAGAAAGAAAUAAAAAUAAAAGUAUUUUGUAGCUGUGUUAUCACAGCUAAUUCCUAUAAGAUAUUCUCUUUGAGUUGCCUACUUCUCACAUAAGUCUAACAGAUUUAUAAUAACUAAAUGUUUGUAAUAUAUUUUUAAAAAAGGCAAAAUUCAGAUCAUCUAAAUGGAAUAAAAAGUUUUCAAAAAACUCCCAAUAAAUCAUUAAGUACUCUGAAUCAAUUUUAGUCAUCCAUAACUAAGUUUUACAUACAUCUUCUGCAUCAUCACAGAAAUAAAUAAUACAUGAAGGUUUCUUAAUGCUGGGGAAGUUCUGGUAUAACAGGUGAAUAAGACAGGGUUCAAGAGAGACACUUGUGCUUUGGGAUAUUUACUAGACCAUUUAUUAUAGGCUGUCAGGAUGACCUAGUAAAAUACCUUUCUCAAUAUUGCAAGCUACCUCUUUUGCAAAGCUUCCUUCUAUAGGAAUAUAAGGUUUCUGUUAUAAAUUUCCAAGAUAUUUUGUUAAUUUUAGGAUCUUUUGACUGUUAUUAACUUUGGCAGGUUACUCAAACAUAUUCCUUUAAAAAAAAGUUUUGUGUUUAACAAAUGUAUAUUUAAUUCUGUAUACUUGUGUUUAAUAAGUAUACAGAAUUUUGUAUUUGGAAUUAUAUAUAUGUUCUAUUUUGGGAGAAAUUAUAGCAAAAAUCAAGCUCAAUUAGAGCAGUGGAAAGAAUAAAGGCUUUAUAAUCAGAAUAUGGAUUUGAACUUUAGGUCUGCUACUUAUUAUGUGAUCUUGUGUGUCAUUUAAAUUCCUCAGACUCUUAACAAUUCUCAACCUAAACAGGAUUCUUUGUGAAUCACAUAAUCCAAUACAGGAUUAAGUUAGUAGCCAUUUAAAGGCUAAGAUGUAAUUGGGAAGUGUAAAAUUAUCUGACUCUACAGGGCUUUUUUGGAUCAGUUAUCUUUUAAUCUUUUUUUAAUGUUUAUUCCCAGAAAGAGUUUUAUACCAAGGUUGCCAAACCAAGAUUAUGCCUUUAGUCACAUAUGUUAUGGAGGUUUUUUUGUUUGUUUGUUUGUUUGUUUUGCUGUUAAUUAAGGCAUUUUAGCUUGUGCUCUCAAUGAGAAAGAAAAUAAUUACACGAUAAUUUCAAUGAGA